GUAUAUAAAUACUCAGCCUCUUUGUUGUUCUGCACGAGUUCGUAUGGCUGACUGUAGUGCUAGUGCUAGCAACCCGAACACAAACCGGUUGAACUGACAGUUCGUGUCAGUGUGUUUGCAGUGUUUGUAUCCUCUUCGGGGCAGGCGGGAGUGAGUUUUGUUGUGGGAGGCCGGCGGGCGCCGGGCGCCAGUAGCGAGCGGCCCCAGUGACCGAGUGCGAGUCUCAGUGCGCGGUUGUGUUUGUCUGACUGUGUCCGAAGUCACGGUUUACCUUCGGUCCGCGCUGAUGCACGCGAUCCAGUCGCAAGAUGCGGUGGCGGGCGCGAGCUGCGCCGUCCCGCGCCAAAGAGCGCGCGAACAUCAGCUUCUUCAUAUUCAUCAUGUUCUUCGCGGUGUUCGGUGUAAUAGUCCUCACUGAGUUGCUUCUACUCGAGCGGCCUACGCCUGGCUCCACGCGGUCUCGUUACAGUGACGACCUACAGGGCUGGGAAGGGCGGACGGAGACUGGUGGGGAGGGCGCGGAGCCUCCACCACCAGCUCACGCGCCCUUGGAUGCUGUGUGGCAGCCUGUCGCGGGCACUAGGUUUAGAUUUUACGUGUACUCGGCAUAUGUGGAGCGGCGGACGGUGGCGGCGGUGCGUGUAAUCGCGGCGACAAAGACGCGCGGCGCCGACCCCGUCGUGUGCCGCCUGUGGUUGGCCGACAACCGUACUAUCACGCUGAAGGCCAGGGUUAAGCCCAUUCGAGAGAACUGGAACCUGAAGUACAGCGCGACCUACGUGCUCUGCCUGCUAAGGGACUCGGGAGUGAAACCGCAGGACACCGUCGGCGCAUCUAUAUCGAUAGUCGCUAGCACGGCACCGAACCGACCGCCCACCAACCUGCUGACUAUACGAGACACGGAACCUAAGAGUGGCAUUGAGGAAACCCUACACGUGUGUGUGAAACCUUUCCACUUCUCGUACUCACGAGACGAAUGGCUGAUAGAGUGGUUCGAGUUGAACCGUCUCCUCGGUGCCAGUCAUUUUUACAUGUACAACGAGUCGCUGAGUGUACAAGUGGCUUGCCUUCUCGAGCACUACAGGAAACAGGGGCUUGUCACUCUGCUGUCAUGGAAACUGCCCAUCGUUACUAAAGUUGAAAUCAGGACAGAAGGCCAGUUCGCAGCGUUCAACGACUGCCUGUACCGCUCCAUGGCCACGGCGGGCUGGCUCGUGGUCAUCGACGUGGACGAGGUCAUCCUGCCGCGGCGGGAGAGGACUCUGACGGCGCUGCUGACGUCACUGCGGGCGUCCUACAACCCGCAGACGAAGGCUCCCUCUGCUUUCCUGUUUCGGAACGCUUUCUUUUAUCUGCGAUGGGAGGACGACCCAGAAGCUCCAGCGCCGUUAGUAACAUCGCGUAAAACAAGAAGAUGGGCGGCGCCGCACGCACUGAAGAACCGCAGCAAGUACGCACUGCGACCGCGCGACGCGGUGGAGCUAGGCAACCACUUCGUGUGGGAGCUGGCGCCCGGGGCCACGUCCAUAGGCGUUCCCACCGACAGAGCACUGUUACAUCAUUAUAGAAUCGCGUGUGAAUACGGCGGCAUGCAAUGCCUCACCGUACCGUCAACGGUUGACCGCACGGCGCACCGCUGGGCCGACGAGUUGAUGCUCAGAGUGGCGGCUGAGAAGGAGCAGGUGGCCAGAAUUUGUCCCACAUAAAUCUUAACUAUAGAACAUUGUAAGCAAAUACGUCAACUAAGUUGAUUUAAUGUUAUAAUAAGUUAAUGUUGCGUAACAAAACAUAGAUAAUAUAUUUCGGAGUCGAGGAUGAUGCAAUAAUACUAUAAAGUCUUCUAUUAAAGCCUGACCAGAAAUAUAAAAUUAUAAACCUGGAUUGAGAGCGCCACAACAAUAUUUAGCUAUUUGUCCUAUAUAACUAAAACAUUGUUAGCAAAUACGUCAACUAAGUUGAUUUAAUGUUAUAAUGAGUUGAUGUUGCGUCAUAAAACGAUAAGAUAACAUAUUUUAGAGUCGAGGAUGAUGCAAUAAUACUAUAAAGUCUUCUAUUAAAGCCUGACCAGAAAUAUAAAAUUAUAAACCUGGAUUGAGAGCGCCACAACAAUAUUUAGCUAUUUGUCUUAUAUAACUAAAACAUUGUAAGCAAAUACGUCAACUAAGUUAAUUUGAUGUUAUAAUGAGUUGAUGUUGCGUAACAAAACAUAGGUAACAUAUUUCGGAGUCGAGGAUGAUGCAAUAAUACUUUAUAGUCUUCUAUUAAAGCCUGACCAGAAAUAUAAAAGUAUAAAACCUGGAUUGAAAGCGCCACAAUAAUAUUUAGUCGUUUUUGCUGUAUAAUUAAGGGUAUAUGGCUGGCUACAGAAAGUAAAGACUGAAAUCGCCCGGCAAAUAAAACAAUUUGUUGGUAAAAACGCAUAAGUGUGAAAACAUCACACAUGCGUUUAGUUAUAUCUAUAUAAAAAAAUUAAAUAUCGAACUGAGUUAUUCUUAUAAUGCCCUCCGAUUUUUUUUUUAAUUUGCCGAGCGAUUUCAGUCUACUUUAAUUAGAAAAACUCUAUCUACUAAAAUAUACGUUCAGUUUGGUCAUGGAUCAAAUUUGCAAAAGUUACAUUAUCUAAGUUUCUCUAACCCAAUACAUUAACAAAUAAGCAUUAAUUGUGCACGAAAAAUAUACAAUUUUGUUGAUUUUAAUUACUCUCAAAAGGACAGAUAAGGUGAAGCUCAAAAGGCAAAUCAAGAUAUCUUUUAUAUAAAAAUAUUUUUAAGGUAAUGAUUGACGUAUGUCUAUUUGGAUUCUUUCACAUACCAACAUAAAUAACAUUCAUGUAACAUUCAUUUGAUAAAUUUAACUAUUUUAAAUACAUUGCCCCAAUAUCAAAAUCGUAAAUACCAUUAAUUCUUAGAGGACCACUGAACUCAAAAUAAAUAUUAAAAAUAUUUUAUAAAACAAAAUAAGUACACUGCGGCAUAUUUGGGUAACUUAGUUUAUCAAUUACUUACAUUUAUUAUUAUACAUUUAUUCAAUGAUAUUUUAUACUAGAGAUAGGAUAAUAAGGCAUCAAAACCGAGGCGAACAAAUGUGUAUAAUUGUCUUAAUUUCAUUUUGUCGCUUAUUAAACAACGAACGUUAUUAAAACACGUAAUACCUAAAUAUCGUCUUCAAUGUCGAGUUAUGUCUUCAGGAAGUUUAAAAACUAUAUUAAGGUACAUAAAUAUAUAAUGGAUUGCUGCUUGUUAUGGAAUUGAUUGUUAUGGAAGAGCGGAGUCUUCUGUCACAGGAGUUUACAACUCUUAAAAGAAGACUCUAGCCUUUUAUUUUUUGUUACUGAUUAAUGUUACUGAAAUAAACUGUUUUUAUUUUAUUUAUUAAUGGAAUUAAAGACAAAAUUGUGCAUAUGUGCGCUUAGUGGUGGUGCUAAAUUCGGAUCACUUUUUGCAGUGAUUUUGUAGACGUAAUAUAUCUAUAGUAUAAAAUUAUCAUUGCAUUUAUUACAUUAUUUGUUUUGGCGAUCAAUAAUGUAAUUUACAUUAUUAUUCUAUUUCACUACAAUUAAAGACAUCCAACAAUAGUAGUAACAAAAGUAAAGCAAUAAAAGUUAUGAUUUUUACUGAUAAAAUUAUAAUGAAACAAAGUUACCCAGGUUUAUCACAACUUUUAGAUAAAAUUAAAUAAAAUAUUCUGUAAAAUAUAAUAAUUAAGGUUCAGAGUUAGAUGUUCGGUUAUUAUUAUUACUUAGAUUGCUCAAUAUAAAUUGACAUAAUCAGUAUUAUUAUAACUCGCAUGAAUCGGUAUCAGUAAUUCACUUUCAAAUUAUGUGUUGUUUACUCGUAUGGUGGUUAAUGUACUCAACAUAAUAUAAGUAAUAUUUCCGGAGUCUUCUAAAAGAGCAGCAGUAUCUUGAUUAAAUUAUAUAAAAUACCUAUAUAUUAUAUUGUAUUAUAAUAAUUUAAUAGUAGUUAUGCAAAAAAGGAGUUCUACGUAUCAUAGUAAAGUCCGCGCGGAAUUUGUUGAUCGGGCAUUAAGCCCGUAUCAAUAGACUUAAUUCCAUAUUACCAUAAUUAUAAUUACCAUAAAAUUAUUAUGGAAUAUAUUUACCAUAAAAACGAACAUCACAAUGAUUAUACAAGUAAAAACAAAUAGUCAAAGUUAAUACGGGUCAUAGAUAUUAUAUUAUUUGUUCCACUUCCACAGGACAUAAAACGCUAAAACUAACUUUUCAAUAAGCGUCGACAGUGAGUGGUUACCUAUUCGAUCGCGUAAAAGUAAAUUUGAACUCAUAAAUUACACUUGAAUUCAGUUUUUCACAAAUCCCGCGGGAACCAUGGAUUUUCCGGGCUGAAAAGUAGCCUAUAUGUUUAUCCAGAGUAAAAUCCAUUUACAUUUCAAAUUUCAGCUAAAUCGCUUCAGUAGCCGCAGCGCAAAGAAACAAACAUAUACACUUACACACAAACUUUCGCCUUUAUAAUAUUAGUGUGAUUAAAACAGCGUACACAUACUUACGAAUUGUGUUUUCUAUCGUCAUUCCUAGAUGGCGCUGUUUCAAUUCCAUGUAAAUUCUUGUUUACUUUUACGCUAUCUGGAUACAGUAAGUGAAAACACAAUCUGUGACUAAACGGCGAUUUUAGAAUGAAAUAAAGAAAAAUAAUGGAGAGUUCCGAAGGUGUCAUUAGGCAUUCCGGAGUCUCCCAUGAAACUGGAGACACAAGGCGCGAGCCCUAUGUGCCCUUGAGUUCUGGUGAGCUUUUUUAGCCUAAAUGAAGUGAAAAUGUAUCUGCUAAGCGACAUUUUGCUUACGUCAGAAAUCUAAUUUAGGUACUUAUUUAAAAGCAAUUUGAAAUUUUAUUAUUGAACCGAAAUAAUCUAGUAACACAUUCAUUUUUAUUAAAUCUCGUUUUAUACUAAUUCGUUUAAGAUUAAUAAAUUGUUAAAAGUAUUAGAUAAAACUUACGGCCAAAAAUGAAAAUAAGCCCAGAUAAUAAUAAUAAUUAAAACUUUAGAAUUGUUAAGACGCGUUUUAUACGAGAAUAAACACGCCAUAAGUUAUAAAUAUAAAACAGUAUAAAUAUAAUUACUUUAAUCAUAAUAAAUUUCGUACUUUGAGAAAGUGAAAUCUAGCUAACCCGUUCUUGCGACUUGUGUCGACUUUUUGGAAAUAAUAUUAUGGUAUAAAACAAAAUUACAGUAAAUUACUAAGUUCAGUAUAUUUUCAUAAAAAAAUCGAAUUGGUUUAUCUUUUAUUACAUUUCAAAUUCUAAGAUGGCCGAAUCUAUUUCUUGUAGGUAAAUUUGAUUCAAUUAAUACAGCAGACGCGUUUAAGUUUAUGUUUUAUCAUUUAUUAUGUUGGUGAGCACUUGAGAAACUCAAUAAAAUGUAGGUAUAGAAGUGAGGAGUCAUCGAACCUUAAUAACUUGGUUCAGACCAAUCCUACAAUAUUUGUGCCAUAUUAACUAUUGCUGCAAAUGGAAUUUUUGAAAAUUGACAAAAUUUAUGGAAAUAAUGAAUCGUCGAACCUGUAUAACUUGGUUCAGAGCCACCCGACAACUUUUAUGUCAUAUUAGCUAUUGCUCCAAAUGGCUAAUUCUAACGAUUCGUGUAAUUUUUUUUGUUGGCCGGCACAUUCAAAUAGAGCCCAAAAAUGUAUGGAGCGUAAACGAUCUCCUUUAGUGGCAUCUAAACUCUACUUGAAUGAAAUUAGUCGAUUAGUUGAUGAUGGGGGACGACGGGUUCACAAAUUAGUUUCGACUAUUAGAUACCAAGAAUAUGUUCAAGUGCGGAAAAGGCCCAGGAACGAAGAAGGAGAUAACUACUGUAUCAUUAAUCUGUCACAACCAAUAGUAAAAAUAACCACAGCGGCCAUCUUAGCUUAAAAAAAAGAAAUUCUUACUAUAAAAUUUAAAGUCUAUGUCUACCUACUUAUCAAAAACCAAGAAUAAUGAAGAUUUAUAAUAUAAGAAUGAAUGAAGAAGAAUAAUGUAUACUCACGAUUAUGAUUUGAUUAUUAUUUUGCAUUGAAUUUUGCUUUUUUGAUGAGAUGCGAUGGAUACUUUCUAACUAUUUAUGGAUUACUUCCCUGUCUAUGGUCUUGUCCAUCUAAUAUUAGAUUAUUAAAAAAAACUGAGCUAUUGCUGGUAAAGGUUGACAGUAAGCCUAAUAUAGCAUUGCUGUGCUAUGGUUUUAUAAUAAGCGAAGUGUAUGUUUUACUCGUUACUAUAAUAUACCUAAUCAAUGUUUAAAGACACUGUAUAUAAAUGCAUUGUUAUUCUUCAAUGUAAAUAAAGUAUAAACACCAAAUUCGUAUUAUUAUAAAUAUUUUAUUUUUAUUCAAAUUUUUGUUUUAAAACUGUUUUUAAUACUGACACUUACGUACCAAUGCAAUCUUUGCCACAGACCCAUAAAUUUGAGGGGUUCUUAGAAAAGACGUUUGAAGUUGAUUAUUGUUAUUUUUUAAUAUGAUUACAACUUCAGAUUAGUGCAAAUCUGAAUUUUAAAAUGUAGGUAAAGUGUCGUAUUCACAAGUACAAUAAAUUGCAUCUAUAAUGAGGAUAAUAUAUAUAAUUCUUAUUAAAACUUAAGUGUUAGGAGUAAGUCAUUAUUUAAUUUUUGGGUGUCAGUUAUAAAUUUGUAUAUUUUGUUAAUUUUAUUAUCUGCAAUAAUUUUCAUCAAUUAUAAAUUGUGCAUGUAUAAUUGAUGAAAUAUAUAAAUAUAAGCCUUGUAUAAUUGUCAUGAAUACUAAUCAUUGAUGGCUUUGUUCUCAUUUCCUGUAGCGUUAAUAUGUAAUACUAUUUUUAAAACUCGACAGUUUGAGUCUCGAAUUUAUCCCUGUCCCUGUCUAGCACAAUACUAGGUAGAGGGAGAAAGACGAAUUCGAAACUCACACUUUCGAGUUAUAAAAAACAUUGCUACAAAAUAGUGUGUUGCUGUUUCGGACUUGAGAUGAGAGUGAGGGAAUAAGUGUGUUGGCGAACACACUUGUUCAUUAUCACAUUACAUUCUAUGUAAAAGUCUUUCAACAUGAGAUUUGUAGCUGUGAUCGAAAUUCUAUCGGGAGAAAAAUAAUUUUUGUUUCUAUAUUUUUUCUCUUUCGAUGAGAAUAAAGUCUCAUCAGUAAAACCUGAUAGUUUUAUCAUUUUAGCUUUAUACAGUACAAUAAAGUGUAUUGAUGUAAAUAAAUUUAAAAUGAAGUGUUCAUUUACUUUUUAAAUGUAAGCUGUUUGAAUCUCAGAUGUAUUUUCCGACCAGUUGAAAAUGAUGGAUCAUGAAAAGGGAAAUCUUUUACUUUAAAAAGUAUAUUUACAGAUUAAAAAUAAAGCGCUCAUUUGUGUAUCGAGGUUACAUACGUAACUCAUUUAAGAAUACAUUAUAAAAUGAUAUUGUUGGUGAAUCAAAGCAUACCAAAAAAGAAUUCUAAAUUUUGAGGUUAUGUUUUUUUAUAAUCUACUGUUUUUAAGUACAUAUUUGGUGUAAUUCUAAUAUUUAUGCAUAAUAAAUCAUGUUUUGUUACCAAACAGUUAAUUAUUCAUUUCAGAAGUAAACGUAUAUUUAAAUUAUAAAAUUAGAUUACAGGUUACUUUUAGUCAUUACGUUCUAUUAUAAAUUUUAAACAAUAAUUUACGUUAAGAUGUAUCUUUUAAGAGCUGAACAAAUAAGCUGUUUGGCAAAUAAAUUUAAGAGUUUUAAGCAUUUAUAGAGAUGCGAACAGCAUCAAAUAUCUUGGAAAUUAAGAUUUUGAGUUCCUGUAAAAUAAAACGUAACAUUUUAUUAAGUAAUGUACUAUUAAUUAAUUAUUAAAUACCUAUUAUACGUGUUAUAUACAUCUUUUGCGAUGCUGUUAGUGUCUCUAAACCUAAGAAAUAUAAUCGUAUGUACGAGUAAUUCGUCGGAAAUCAAAUCUUUUGAAUGGAGAUGUUUCAAUAUAAACGAUGUUUUUAAAAGUCGACAUUGUGAGUCGCUUUCAUCUCUAUCUAAUACGGUAUUAUAGACAGAGAUAGAAACAAAUUCGAGUCUCAUAACGUUGAUUUAUAAAAACAUCGUUACAGAAGAACUGCUAGUAGUCAUAGUACAACUUACUAACAAGAUAAAUGUCCUAGCAUGCCCAAGCCUAUAAAAGCGCAGGUAAUAGGUAUACACAGGUACACUCUUAAAUUUAUGAGAAAAUACCCGUUACUGAUUUCUUUGUGACUUCUAAUUAUUUGAAUUAUAUUGCGUUUCAUUUACCAUACAUACCAUUUGGAGUGUGUCGAUGUGUAAAGAGAAAUGUAUUUAAGAUCUUACAUAGCCAAGUAUUAGUCGGCGACUGAACACUGAAACUAUAAUUGGGUUUAGGAAUAAAUAUAUAUGUAGAUUCGUUUACAGUGAGCAGCAGUAAGCAGUGAACACAUAUCUAAAUAUGGUUAUAGCUAUGGUUUCUAUAUUUUUAUGACUGCAUAAGGUCCGGCGUUCACUUCUCGAGGCAUGGUGUCGUUUGUACUGAACUUUGUGUUUGUUACUGGUCUUUGUAAAUAAGUUAGAACUAUAAUACACCGUUUUGUAGCACGCUAACAUUAGCUUCACUUGUAUCUAACUAUAUGUAUGUAAGAAAAUCUUGGAAUCUUAAUUUGACCCACUUCCCGAUCUUCGAUUAGGAUGAAAUUUUGCAUACGCUCUGAGUUCUGAUGACAAUACAUGACUAGUUAAGGAACGUCAUUUCAAUAUGUCGGCCUUCCCAAGAUGGCGGACUGGCUGUUUGAAAUCCACCCCCAUGAUAUGGUUAUCAAAUGAAAGGGUUUGCUGCCAGGAAUACGAAAAUCAGUAUUUUUUAAAAACUAUUAUAUAUUAUUUAUUGUCUUGUUAAUAAAGUUUGUAUGCUACUCUGUAAGAACCAGUGGCAGCGCUCACCUAUUGGGGCGCAUUCAAGUGGCGAUAUUUGUGAAUAAUAUGCGAGAAUAAAACAGAUUUGUAAAAAAAAAUCCGACGGAUUAUUUGUCUCGAUUUUAGUGGCAAAAGUAUUUUGUGUCUAUAUAUUUUUAUCUGUGAUGUCUAUUUUAGAGACGAGGGUUGUAUUUGUUUUCAGAGGAUGGUAAUAUGUUAAACGGAUGUUUAAACUGGUCUUUUUGUAAAAUAAAAAGAUAUUGACUUGAUUA